GGGAGGACAGCAAGAUUCGAUACAAGCAAUCACACUAGAUACAUGUAUUCGUAUGUAUUUGGUUGAAGCUAGUGAGAUUUGCUAGGUAUCUAGAUACAUAUACGAAGCGAGUAUCUUUUUUUGUAUUUCCUUUUAUAAUUCUUGUUUUGUUUGAGGUUUGACGAAAGAAAACUUAACCAAUAAUUGAAGCCACUUCAAGGCAAUCACAAAAUCUUUAGUAUAAAGACAAACUGAUUACCGGAUGCAGACAAAGAAGUCAAAAAUGUUGCCAUAUAAAAAUAUCAUUUUGUGUUGGACAUAUUUCUUUCCUCAUCAUUAGCCGUUAGUGUAGUUGAUGUUGGCAUCAAAGUAGAUAUGGAGUAGCAACAACAUGUGAUAGUUGAAUCUCAAGAAAUAGAGAAAGAAGAAGGAGAAUUAAAGCCUCAGAAGACGAAGCGUGUUGCUUCCCUUGAUAUUUUCAGAGGCCUCACUGUUGCACUAAGUUUGACCAUCUGUAUCUCAUAGAUUCAUGUUGCACUGAUGGUCUUGGUUGAUGAUGCGGGAGGAGAAUGGCCUAUGAUCGGGCAUGCACCAUGGAACGGUUGCAAUCUUGCAGAUUUUGUGAUGCCAUUCUUUCUGUUUAUUGUGGGAAUGGCCAUAACACUUGCUCUGAAGAGAAUACUAGAAAAGCUAGUGGCCAUCAGAAAGGUGAUUCUAAGGACACUCAAACUUCCAUUUUGGGGCCUCCUUUUACAAGUGGCUAUAAUAGAAAUAACAACAAGACAAGCCCAAUCCAAAGGACUACCAAUGGGAUGGUUCUCCAUUUUCAAAUUAUACAACUGGCAAUGGGUUAUUGGAGCAUGUGUUUUAGUAGUUUACUUGGCCACAUUAUACAGAACAUAUGUUCCUGAUUGGAAUUUUGUUUUCCAGAACCCGGACAGUGUUGAUUUUGGGAAGACUUUAACCGCAACUUGCAAUGUGAGAGGAAAUCUUGAUCCUCCUUGCAAUGCAGUGGGUUAUAUUGACAGACAGAUACUUGGAAUCAAUCACAUGUAUCCACGUCCAACUUGGAAGAGAUCCAAGGCUUGCUCUAAAAACUCUCCAUAUGAGGGACCUUUCAAGGAUGAUGCUCCAUCAUGGUGUUGGGCUCCUUUUGAACCUGAAGGAAUUCUGAUGAUCACUCGUCCAGACUUUUGCAUUGGAUUGGCAUGGGCAUAGCUCUUUUAGUUUUAGGAAUUAUUCUCCACUUCACAGAUGCUAUUCCUUUAAAUAAGCAAUUAUACACUUUCAGCUAUGUCUGUGUAACCUCAUGAGCAGUCGCGUUAGUGUUCUCUGCUUUCUACAUUAUGGUAUAGUAGUCUUGUCAAAAAAUCUGAUUACUUUACUAUAUGUCCCUAGCUACAAAUUGAACUGAUCAACUUGGUACAUUAGAAUUGAAAGUUCUAGACUUUUACGAUUUUAAAUCACACUUCCCUCUGAAAUGCAAGGCCAUUGAUUAUAAAACAAAAUUCUCAAGGUUCAAGUUGAUGGAAAAUGUUCCAAGUUUUAUGUUUUUAUCAAUCAAUACCGGAUGAUAUAGAGCAGGAAAAUGUAUAACUAGGAUUUUGCAGAAUGAGUAUUUUUAACAAGAAAAGCUUAGAGUGACAAUAUUCUGAUGUGUCAUCACCGUAGCAAGAUUCACAAACUUCUAAUCCCGAUCCUUUCCUUUUGGUCCUUUUGGAAUGCAGGUUGACAUUUUGAACUUGAAGUAUAUAUUUCUUCCACUAGAAUGGAUUGGUAUGAAUGCGAUGCUUGUUUAUGUAAUGGCCGCCACAUGAAUUUUUGCAGGUUUCAUCAAUGGCUGGUAUUAUGAGGACCCUCAUAAUACACUGGUAUUUCAUUCAUCUCUUUCAUUACUUCCUCACUUUGAUAUGCUGCAGUCCAUUGUAUAAAAAUAGUCAGAGGCGGAUUCAGGAUUUGAACAUUAUGGGCUCGAGUUUGAAAUUCUACCACAACAAAUAGGUUACUUGGUUCGAAAUUUGUACUUAUAUGGUGAAUUUUUUAGCACAAGCAAAGUUACUUAUGCAGUA